AUGGAAGUCAAAGAAGAGAACAAAGAGGAGUAUGAAAUUCAUGGUGAUUUCAGCCAGGACACUAUCUCUGCGAAGUAUGAUGAACUCUGCAGGAACUAUGAAGAAGUAUACAACUCUGUUGGAUGGCCAGACCCAGUCCAAUGCGCUGAGAAAGCUAUUGAGAAUGGCUUCACUGGUGAAAGCCAUGUUCUUGACAUGGGCUGUGGCACAGGGCUAGUUGUUGAUUACCUUAAGGAAAAAUCUGGAGCAGAAACUGUCAAUGCUAUUGGUAUCGAUGCUAGUGAAGGAAUGCUUAAGAAAGCUAAGGCGAAAGGACUCUACAGUGAAAUCAGAAAUUUCCUUCUUUGCAAUCCUGAAAAUUUUAAUACCAAUCAUUCUGAUUUGCUCGGAAAGUUUGAUUUUGUGACGGCUUCCGGUCUCUUGGCAGAGGGUCAUGCUACCCCAGAUGUAUUCGAUGAAAUGAUUGGUGCUCUCAAGGUUGGAGGAUAUGCUAUCUUCACUUCCAGAAUUGAGUACUUAGAGCCUCUCAAUUACCAGAAAGGAAUGGACGAAAGAGUCGAAAGCGGAGAAUGGGAGUUUGUCAAGAAGGAAGCCUAUGAGAAGUACUCUAAGGCCAAAGAUUGCCCUCUUGGCAGAUUCAAGCCAGUCAUGUCGGAGGUCUUCGUCUUCAGAAAGCUAUAACUAUAUUCUUUUGUGCCUAAUGCAAUUUCUCUAAAAC